AUGCAAAAUGAGCCUAUUCCAUAUGGGUCCAUCAUAGACAGUACAAUCGACAGCGACAGCGGCAGUUCGAACUUUCUAGAUUUUAGAUCAAGCACUCGCCUCAGUGAAAGACUACUGCUGUUGAGCAGUAAUGUAGAUUCCUCACUUACGAAUGCUGUUAUUCAAAAUGGUUUGUCUGGCUCGAUGAGUGACGACUUUUUUGAAGACCCAGCCAGGAUAGAAGCACUUUUAAAAUGGUCUGCAAUGAAAAAUAUUAACCCUUUAUUGGGAGCUUAUGGUGGACCAAGUUGUAUAUAUCCAACAAAAUACUGCAUUAUUAUCGGCACUUGUAAGGGCUCGGUACUUAUUUUUACAAGGAAACAACUGUUGGUUAACAACUUAGUUCCUCAAUUGUCUAACGAUUUGAGUACCGAUUACGAGAGAUCUUCUGUGGAAUGUGUUGCCAUUAGCUCAGACGGGACACAUUUAGCCGCUGGUUAUGGCUCGGGUGACAUUUUUCUGUGGAAUUUGAACAUAUCUGAUGGUGUUUCGGAAAGCACGGAGAAUGGAUCCGAGUUUACUAGUAUCAAGCAGUUAAAGGCAAUCAUUCAUAUUAAGUACCACAAAGGAAGAGUGAUUAAUGGACUGGGAUUCAUCGGCGCUAGACAUACAGCUCUUGUUGUGAGUGAUAAUGAGAGCGAUCUGAUGUACCAUAACGGAUUUAGAAGUGGUCUGUGGGUAUUGACCCACAAUUCAAGAAGAAUUUUGAAUAUAGCUAAUAAUGAGAAACUUUUACGUUCUAAAACCGCUCCAUCUCAUCAAGGCGAAGAUUCUCUGCAUAUGGUAGCAAUUCUCACCAGUUGCUCUUUUGCAAUAAUAUCUACAAAACCUCGCUUAACGACUUUACUUGUUGAUAAGCUUCCAAGCAUAUUUACCGAUUCUGCUAUUGAUAACUGCUGCUUAAAUUGGAACAAGGGUCUUACGAAAGUGGCAUUUUCGAUAGAUUCGGAAGUCAUGGUUUACUUCCUUGAAAUAUCCGAAAGUUCAGGCAGCAUUGUCUCACGAAAAGAAAAAUGGAAAUCAAAAGAACCAAUUACAUCUCUUCAAUGGGUCAGCGAAGAUUUGUUAGGUUUGCUAACUUUAUCGCACCAAUUUCUGAUACUCGACCUAACUGACAGAUUCAAAGUAUUAGCACAGGUCGACCUCUUGACUCACGAUCUCCUUAGUCCUGCAUGCAAACAUUUUGCCACGAGCAAUGAUGAACUAUUCCUUUCCACUCACUAUAAUAUAGAAAUUGGAAAGUACUCAACGUGGUCUGAAACUGCACUUGUCAAUGUACAACGCGGUGACUAUAUCAGUGCACUCAAAUUCCUGGCAUCAGCUUUGAACCCUGACUUCCCACUUUCAAAAUUAAUGAAGUUGCAAAAGGGUCUAAGUGAAAGAGAAAAUCAGCUGAUACUGCCUUUUUGCAACCUAGCUUUAGCUUCUGUACGCUUUCUUCUUCGAAAAGGGAGUUUGGAAGACACUGAAAUUGACGAAUUACUGUCUUUGAUUUUACGUAUUGUGCAAAAAUUUGAAAGAAAAGAUUUGCAGAUGCAGUAUGUUAACUCGCUGCUGGAAGAAAUCAUGAACUGCUUCUCAGAGGGAAAAAGCAAUAUAUUUUUUGAUGCGCUUAUAAAUGCUGUCAUGGAGGGUUCGAUAACUGCUUUACCUCCAGGAGUGUUCAGGGCACUUUUAGAAUACUAUUCCCAACAAAAACGUACAACUUUACUUGAAGAGAUAAUCAUCAUGCUCAAUCCAGAGAUGCUAGACAUUGAUCUUGCUGUAAAACUUUGUCAAGAGCACGGUCUAUUCGAUAUUCUCAUUUACCUAUGGAACAGGAUUUUCCAUGACUACACCUCUCCACUUAUUGAUGCACUCUAUAAAAUAAGUGAUCAAAGCCAGAAAUGCGUAAUUUUCAAUGGAAUCGAAAAAUUAGAUAUGAAAAAGAUUUUCGAUUAUUUAACACUGAUACUCACUGGGAGGAAAUAUCCUCAAAAUAUCCCUUUUUCAUCAACAACAGAACAAUUCAAUGCGAAAGUGAAUCUCUAUCGAAUCCUUUUUAGUGGGACAUGUAUAGAAUUACCUUCAAAAUCUGGUAUCAAAGUCUACACAAAAAGCGAUAUAAAGAAUGAACCUGCUUUUCCGUAUUUCAAUUUACUUCUGGACUUCAAUCCUAAAAGACUUCUAGCUAUGCUAAAUGAGGUAUUUGAGGACAGUUUUUUGAAUGAUACCGGAAGCAGCUAUAAAAAUGAUGGGGCCCAGGUGAGUAGACAAUACAUCAUACACGUCAUCUUGGAUAUUAUGAAAGAAAGAAGCAACUCUGUUGAGUGUGCUCUAUUAGCAAUUUUCGUAUCUAGCAAUAUUUCAAAGUACCCACAGUUUAUUAGUGUCUCUAAUCAAGCUUUGGAAAAAUUGGUAGAAUCGAUUUGCGGAGUAGAUUAUCCAAAUUUGAGAAGUGAUUUGCAGAGAGCGUUAGAAGCUUUACUAUCAAUCUAUAUCCCAGCCAAUCCAGAAGUUUUUAUCACCGAAAUGAAAGAGAAGAGAUACAAUCAAGUUCUUUUUACAGUAUACUGCAAACUGAGGCGCUUUCCUGAGCUAUUCGUAUUGGUUCUUGAAUCCCAGAACACGCAGGAUGAUUACGGUAUAGAUCUUAAAAAUGUGGUGGAAACUAUAUUCAAUGCAACCAAAAGUGAUCGGUCGAUGAAACGUGCCACAAUUCAAAUUAUUGAAAGAAAUAUGGCCAGUUUGUUAUCCAAACUUGGACCCAAAGACGCUGUUGCUCUCUUUCAAAAUCUUGAUACAGAAAUCCACAACUUUGUCUUCACUUUGUCUGACGAGUUGAGCCAGCUACAUUAUUUGGAUGAGCUUUUUGCCAAACCAUCCCUUUCAGCUACCAAUGAUCACUUGUCAAACUCGUAUAUCGACCUAUGUUGUAAAUAUAAGGAUAAUAGGAGAUUAUUGCCAGUACUGAAAGAAUUCCCUAUGAAAAAGGUAAACUUUCAUUCGAUACUUGAAAGUUUAAUCAUGAAAAGGAACUUUGAGGCAGCAGGCAUUGUUCACCAGCGACUUGAAGAUUAUACCUCAGUUAUUGAUGAUAUGAUGCAUUGUAUUAGAGCUUGGUUUAGUCAACAAAAUCAAGACUAUGAAUCCCUUAAUUAUUAUAUAACAAUGGCAGUUCAAGCUGCCGAUGCUUCCAAGAGUGAGAGAGAACAGAAUUGGUCAAAAUUGAUUGCUUGCUUGAUUACGGUAUAUGGUAGGUUGAGAAGUGCAAUUGAACAGGAUGCCUGUAAAAAGGCCAUGCAAAGCGUCUUCAUAAAGUUAGCACUUUCGUAUAAUUCUGAUCAGGAAACUGGUUCGCGACAAUUCUGGAGCAUUUUAACGGGUGCCUUAGAAAACCAGGAGGUGAUCAUGAGAAAGGCACACGAGCUGCGUGCUUUGCUACUGGACAUUUACACUGCGUAUAAUGUGGAAGAACACAUGUCGAGAAUUCUUUUACGCCUUGUUGGGAGCUUUUCUACAGAGCUUACAAAGAGAUAUGAAAAGGCAAUUCAACGGGGCUCCGCGAUAUGCAAUGAAAAAUGCGAAAUUUGUGGCAAGAUUAUAUGGGGUAUUGGGGUUGACACGGCAGUAUUCGAAUUGUGGGAGUCGGGAAUGAGGAAGUCAAAAAAAGAAAUGUUAAAUGUUAAGGUAUCUUCCAUUGUCGUGUUUAUGUGUGGUCAUGGAUUUCACGAGCAAUGCCUUAAAAACCUCGGUCAAGGAAACGGGAAAUAUUACUGUCUCAUUUGCAAAACCCGUGUCAUUAUAUGA